AUGUCGCGUCACCUGGCUGCGCGCGUGCGGGGCGAGGCGGCGGGGGCGGCGCUGGAGCUGGACGUGCGCGAGCUGUGCGCGCGCUUCACCAUCGACAUCCCGCCGGGCACCGCGCGCCGCCGCCUGCUGCGCUCGCUGGCGCCGUGGCUGCCCAAGCCGCGCGUCUACACCGAGCAGGUGACGGACUUCUUCCGGGGCCUCGUGCGCACGGCCGCCCGCCUGCGCGAGGACCGCGCCCCCGCCGCGCGCCGCACCGACUUCAUGCAGCUGCUGCUCACGCUCCGCGAGCACGGCAGCAACUGUCUGAGGAUCAGCUAGCAGCCCAGGUCUUCGUUUUCUUCUUCGCUGGAUUCGAAACUUCGUCUGUAACGAUGACAUUCGCGCUAUACGAAAUGUGUCUUAAUCCCGAAAUUCAAGAGCGUGUGAGAAAAGAAGUGUCUGAAGUUAAGAGCAAGCACGGCAAUACGA